AUGUCCUCCGGAAUACUCUAUGUCAAAGACUCGCGCACCGAUGUGCAAUAUGAGAUCCCAAUCCGGAGAAAUGCCGUCGCGGCCGUGGAUUUCAAAAAAAUCAAAGGCCCAGGAACGGGAGCCGACCGUGCAGAUCAAAUCGCUGGUGGCCUCAGGGUACAUGACCCUGGGUUGAGAAAUACUACUGUUGUGGAGACAGCCAUAAGCUUCUCGGAUCAUGAGAGGAGUUUGCUUCUUUUUCGCGGCUACAGCUUGGAGCAACUUUGGGAAAGCGAUUUCGAGGACGUACUGCAUCUCCUUGUUUGGGGAUCUUAUCCAACAGUGCCGCAGAGGAAUAAUCUCAGCCACGAAUUGACAGGGGCCAUGCUAGCCGUGUCAGAUGAUGUGCAGAGAACGAUCUGGAGCCUUCCAGGCGCCUCGUCGCCGCUGCCGCUCAUUGUUGCUGGCCUUUCGGCUUGUCUAGCUAGUCAUCCUGACAUGAUCCCGGCAUCGCGUGAUGCUAACAUGUAUCGGAAUAAUCCUGAGGAUGCCGACCGUGCAAUAAUCCGAACCGUGGGUGCCUACGCUGUGGUAUUUGGCCUUGUGAAUAGUCACCGGAAGGGUCUACGAUUUACGCCGCCAUCUCGGGGAAGGUCAUACUAUGAAAAUCUGUUUGUGAUGGCGGGACUUGUGGACUCGAGGACUGGUCGUCCCGAUCGUGUCAAGCUGUCUUGCUUCCGGCGGUUUUCUAUCCUCAACUCGGACCACGGAAUGGCAUUGACAGUCUUCUCUGCUCUGGCCACAUCAUCAUCCUUGACGGACCCUAUCUCCUGUUUGAUCACGGCCAUAGGCUCGGCGUGGGGACCGCUGCAUUUCGGCGCCACGGAAUCCGCCAAGAGAACCUUGAGGGAUAUUGGCCAGGCCGAGAAUAUACCACGUUAUCUUCGCGACGUGAAGCAGGGACACGUGAAGGUGUUUGGGUAUGGCCACCGCUCGUACAAAGGCAUCGAUCCGCGAGUGCCGCCAAUCCAAUCCAUAUUGAAGGAUCUGGAUAUGUCUGCAGACAAGCAUUUUAAACUAGCCGAGCAGAUUGAGAGAGCUUGUUCAAAUGAUGCCUACUUCAAUGAGCGGGGGCUGUACGUGAACGGUGACUUCUACGGACAUUUCAUCUUUACAGCCAUUGGCUUCGACCCGGAGAUCAUCCCAGCGGCUAUGUUGGCCCAGCGGAUCAUGGGGAUUAUGGCGCAUUGGCGGGAGUACAUGCUGACACGCGGCAAGUUGUUGCGGCCAUCACACAUCUACACAGGGGAGGCAGAGGAAAGACUACUGCCGAAAUUUCAGCAAAAUCAAGCCACUCUGGUGGCAGCGAGCCAGCCUGCCACCGAAGGCACACCUCUGCUGGCUGAACAGCCAGCGAAGAAGCCAUACUCGAUUUUUACUCCUGGCCAGAAACGGCUCAUCAUCCUAACCGCCGCGCUUGCAUCCAGCUUCUCACCACUUUCCGCUAACAUCUACUAUCCAGCUCUGAACUCCAUUGCUGCAGACUUGCAUGUAACUAGCUCGCAGAUUAACUUGACAAUCACAACAUACAUGCUAUGUCAAGGUCUCGCCCCAGCCUUUAUGGGAUCCUUCGCGGACCAAGCCGGCCGUCGACCUGCCUAUAUUCUUUGUUUUGCCGUCUAUAUCACAGGUAAUAUCGCGCUUGCCUUGCAGCACAGCUACCCGGCACUGCUGAUCCUUCGUGCCAUCCAGAGCUGCGGUAGCAGCGGCACCGUCGCGCUCGCUUCUGCUGUGGCUGCAGACGUGAUAACAUCCGCUGAGCGCGGUACUUAUAUGGGAAUCACGUCUCUGGGGAUCAUCCUUGCGCCGUCUGUUGGACCCCUGGUUGGGGGGAUCCUGAUACCCGCGACUACCAGUACUCCGGGCCAUAAACCCUCUAGAAUUACCCUUCCUAAUCCUUUAUCGACGUUGCGCCUUCUUUCGCACUGCCCAACUGGGCUCGUCUUACUGUCCAACGGCCUUCUCUUUGCCAGCUACUACGCUGUCACCGCUGGAAUCCCAUCACAGUUCAAGCAGACCUACCAUCUGAAUGACUUCGCAAUCGGACUGGUCUUCGUUCCUGCUGGUGUGGGAUCCCUUCUAAGCACAACCUUCAGCGGACUCCUGCUUGACUGGAAUUACCGGCGUCUACAGGGGCAGUUCGGGUCUCCGAUUUUCCAAGCGCACCGGCACGGAGCAUUUCCAAUUGAGCGGGCCCGAAUCCAAAUUUGUCUCCCAUUGACGAUGCUAGCAGCCUUGUCUAUUCUAAGCUACUCCGCGCUCAUGAGCCUAGCCACGCCGACCCUCUCCCACGCCCUUGUCCUCAUCUUCGCCAUCAGCUUCUCCAUCACAGCAGCCUACAAUAUCAUGAAUAUUCUGAUUGUGGAUUUGUACUACAGUACACCCGCCACAGCCAUGGCGGCGAAUAACCUGGUGCGGUGCUUUCUGGGAGCAGCAGCAACAGGACUAGUAAAUCCAGCCAUGGUACGCUGGGGAAACGGAUGGACAUAUGGGUUAGUGGGAGGAAUGGUGGGGGCAGUAGUGUUCACUACCCAAAUCAUUGACCCCCUUCCACAUUAUCCCCAGACCCUCCAUCUCCACUACCCCAAUACCCCAUGGAUCCAACCCGGCGACACCCUCCAAAUACUCGACACAAAACCCCUCCCCAUCCUCAGCACCCAGCACCUCCCUCUCCACCAAACUUACACCAUCCUCUUCCUCGACCUCGACGUCCUCUACAACCACACCACAGCAACCGUCAUUCUGCACUGGUACCAGCCCGACCUAAUCUCAUACCCCAACAACAGCAACAUCCUCCUCCCAAUCCCCCAAAUGCCAACCAGAAAACCAGCAGCCUACAUAGCCCCCCAGCCCCCUACCAACUCUCACCACCGAUACCUCUACCUCCUGUACACCCAACCACCCAACUACACAUUCCCAGAAUGUUUUGAGCACAUAUUCCCACCUACAGCGGAGGCACGAGCUGGAUUCGACAUGAAACUCUUUGCAGAUGCAGCGGGGCUGGGCACGCCCGUAGCGGGGAAUUGGUUUUAUGUUAGGAAUGAGGUUGAUUUACCUACUAGUAGUGGGAGUGAGGGAGGGGUGGCUACGUCUACGAGUAUCAGUACGGCUACAAAGACGACGACUUCAAUGAGGUGGGUUGAAUGCGAUUUUAGCAGCAGCAGCAGCAGCAGCAUUAGUACUUCUGUUUUCACCACUAGUACUGUUAUUGCUGCUACAACUACAACAACUCAUCCACCCAGCGACUCCCCCACAGAAACCACGCUAGCAAUGAGUAACAACAUGGAAGAAAGCCAGGCCCAGGCCCAGGCCCAAGCCCGACUCAGCUAG